AUGGCGUUAGGCGGCCAGGCAACGUCGGUUGGAUUACGGGGGGACGAAAUCGACGAUUUCUCGCUGACAGAUGUUGUGAGGGUGUUUAACAGUCCCAUUAACGAAGAGCAGGCAUGGGCAGUGUGUUAUCAGUGUACGCAGUGUUUUAUUCGUGGUGUUUCUGAGCAGGAAUAUGCUGAUUUCUGCCGGGAUGGAGGGAGGGCUUUACGCAUAUGCCGGGACGGCACUGUCGCCGUGGAGAGCUCCGGCUCUGGAAAAGCCCAUCCAGACAGAUCAACAACAAACGAUGGUGACAAAAAGAACAGCAGUACGUGUAGAUCAUAUCAGAAGGCUCUGGAGACCUUGGGACUGACAAUCUUCCAGGCACUGGAUUAUGGGCUGAAGGAGCAUGAAGAACGGCACCUGAGUCAGAGCGUGGAGUCCUUGAUAGAGUUGAUGACGGUCAGCAACGAGGACAGCAAGGGAGAUAACCAUGAGUCGCACAGCGUGGACGAUGAAGGCAUCGAGAAUGACGUGGAGGAUGAGGAUGACCAAUGUCACAUGACAGAGCGGCUGGACAGAAAGCAGCAGCUCAUCAUGAAGAUGUGUCAAGACCGACUCUCCUCUCCACAAAACGCAGGUCAACAUUACAAAGCAGUUUGCAGAGCGCUGGUCGCAGAAGUUGUCGAACUGUUGUCCUUUUUGGACAAGAUCUCGGGUGAUGAGAAAGCUUUGAAAGCUGUAUGUUCAGCAGAAGAAUUAACUAUAGAUGAGUUGGAAAGAGGAGAUUGGGCACGGCUAUGGGUUCAGAUCAUGAGAGAACUGAGGCACGGGGUGAAGUUAAAGAAGGUGGAGCAUGUUCACCUGCCGCCUGUGGAGUAUGAGCUGACGCCCUAUGAGGUGCUGAUGGAGGAUAUCCGGUCACGGCGGUACACCCUCAACAAGAUCAUGGUUAAUGGUGACAUCCCAAGGAAAGUGAAGAACGAUGCUCAUGAGGUCAUACUGAACUUUAUUCGCUCCCGCCCACCUCUGCAGCCCGUAAAAGACAGGGUGUUGUCAGCAGCUCCUCCCAAGAAACUGAAUGAGAGAGAGAAAUUAAUGGAUGCUAUUCGUGGACAGCCCAAACUAAAGCCAUUAAAAUCGCCAGAAGCGAAAUCACACGUGGAGAAUUCUCGAACGAGGAUAUUUGAUAGUGACAGUGACGAUGAAGGAGAUGUCCCUGUACGUGUAAGACAAGUGAUCAAGCCUGAUAUCUCUCUCCUCCUCAACAGCAGUACUGAACUGGAGGAAGAGGACGAGCUGGACGCGGUUAACGAAACCACAACGGAUGAUGAUGAGGAUCAGGCACGGACUCGGAUCAUCCCAACCCCGCUGUCCCCUCUCACCUCCCUGUCCCCACCCACCACUCCUAAACCCGUGUCCUCCGUCACCUGGAGAGAGACAGCUGUGGAUGAUUUGAUAGCUAACCGAUCAGAAAAGAAACUAGCAAGACGACACAGCAUCACCGUUUGCGAGUCCCCAGGAAAGGUACCAGCUAAUGGCGGCUUCAGUUGGCCAUGGUCGCGUUUCAGACGCUCGCCGCAGGACAGCAUACCUGAGCAUGAGGAUGCCACUGAGAAGGGCAGCGAGUCGAGAACGCCAGUGAAUGGAGCAUGCUCUUUGUCUCCUGGCUCUGUGCCUGACAGGACCCCAACAAACAAUCUUUCUCAUUCUCGCCUGUCGUGUUGCUCUGAUCACGCGCAUGACAAGACAGCCAACAAUCUCUCUCAGUUGAAUGCCUCUGAGCUUAUGCAUGUAAGUUGGAAAACGGAAUGCCCAAGAAAAUCUCACUCCCAAUCCACUGCUCCCUGCGAAGACUGUCGCCCUGUACCUGGGUAUAUCGACUUAUACAGAACGUACACGAAAAAAUGGCAGAACCCAGUAGAGUGUCUGUCCCUGAGGUUGGAUGAAGUGAUGCACAUCCGCGAAGUUUUAACCAAAGCUGAAUUGGAGAGCCUCUCUAAUCAGCCAUUCCUUUAUAACCAGAUUUCUAAAGUCAAGCUCUGUUUUACCUGUAAAACCACGCGGUUUACCUUGUUUGGUCAGUGGGGCACAAAAUGUCGGUUGUGUAAGCGAACCGUCUGUAACAAGUGUCUCAGAAAGAUGAAUGUGCCAACAGAUCGUUUUGAGAAAAUCCCUGUGUACACUCUGAGCCCUACCCCCCUCACCCCUGAGGGUCAGGAUCUCCUUACUAAGUUUGUCGGAACUGGCUCCAAACCACCAUCUCCUGUGAUUACCAGUCAACCUGUCAUCAAACCUGUGGUGACAUCCUCUGGCAAACGUAGACCUCUGAUGCGAUCUCACACAAUUACGUCACGGCCACCUGAAGCAGAGGCAUUUAUAAAGGGUCCACAGAUGAACGUGUGUUGUGAGUGUAAGAAAAUGGUGUGUGAAAUCAUUCGUGUAAGCAGGACCUCAGUGACUUUAGCAACCCACGGCAACGACUGGCAGCCUCAGAAAAGCCGUGCCAGUCGGAACUUUCACUUGGAUCUAAAACCUGUGUGACCAAGCGAAAAAAUUACCGAUAACAUACAACUUCUAUAAAUGCCCUUUUGAACAAAAUGUGGGACAUUAGAGUUGCUACUCCCUGAAGUAUUAAGCCAGAUAGGGACGGAAAUUCAAAGUUGUAUACCCUUGGUGAUAAUCCCUGGAAGAUCCAACUAUGGAAUUGAUUGAAGAAAGUGUUGAAGUUCUCCAAGAGUUGCUGGCCUUUCUCUGAAAGGAACAAUGCAAAUUUAUGGACACACAUAGCUUUUGUGUACCCAGGAUACCUAGGAUCAGUGAAAAACUCCGCAGUUUAAGGCUAAGGUCAUUCCAGGACAUAUUGUACAUUUAGAAACAAGGCUUUGGCAAAAAAGAGUUAUUUUUGUCUUGCUUUAUAGAUCUAGAGGAUCAUUAAAUUAACUCCACGAAAACAAUAUUAAAAUUGAAUAAUAUUGUUUCGUCAACUGAACAGUUUAGUAUGUAUGGAAGAGAAUAGAUGUAGUGAAUGUAAACACGGUGGUCUGGUAAAAUUACCCUUUCCAAAUGAAAUCUAAGUGUUGAGAAUCGACGUGAAAAGGGACCCUUUCCAAAUGAAAUCUGUGUUGAGAAUCGACAUGAAAAGGGACAUAACUCUUGUUGGUUUAGUCUGUUGGACUCGUAUACGUAUAUAUACACAUUGUACUAUAUUACUCUUUUAUGUACUUGGUCAUGACAUAGUUGUGACACACCUAUAAAUGCCUUAUAAUGACUUUUGUAUACAUGUGUUCCUUAGUUGACACAUAAGUAAUCUCUUAGUUUUUGAGAACUUCAUGCACCAUGACAUGAAACAGUAGGUUUGCUCCAGUCUUUUCAUUAUGGGACCAAUUUAUGUGAAUUUCAGUUUGAUUGUAAAAUUCUUUUGCAUUUCUACCUAUAUUUAAACCAGAUGACACACACAUUGUGCAGCUUUGUAUUGGUUAAAAUGAACUUCAUAAUUUUUACAACCAGACAUUUAAGCACAGAUGGUACAUAUAUGUACGUGUAAUAGAUGUCAUUUCCGUUUUGUAACAGCAUUAAAGAGUUGUACUAGAUGUUAGGGCACAGUAACAGUAUGACUUCGUACAUAAUUUAUUUAAAUUUGUUGUGAAACCCACCAUUUGUAUCCUCUAUGUGUUCUGUGCAUUCCUUUUCUAAAGUUGCACCAGUGAGCAACUUUGUACGGUCAAUUGACAGAAUUUCUUACAUUCCUACCUAUUUGAAAAAAAAGCUUAGAAUUUAUUUUCACCAUUUCCUUUAUGUAUAUUCCUGUUUUAAAAGUGGAGUCGGGGAGCAAAAACGACACUGUAGAACCAGUUGUGUAAAGCAUUUUAAUAGUUAAACCAGGCAUCAGU